CUUUAAGAAGGCAUGUGAACUCUACAGUUUAGCAGUGGAGAUUUCAUCAUGGUGGUCAGUCAGGUUCACAUAAGAAUAAGGCUUCUGUUAGCCAGCUACCUCUUUCUCUCUGUCUAUGGACAAACCUCGGGACCCUAUAUCAUGGUGACAUUUCCUGCAGUAAUAGGGGCUGGCUCUGAUGCCAAAUUUUGUGUGAGUCUUUUAAAGUCUAAUGAGACUCUGCAAAUGAAGAUUUAUCUUGUUCACAACAACCAGAGCAGGACUCUUUUACGAAAGACAGUGGAAAAGGACCUUCACCAGUGCUUUCAUUUUGAGGCCCCACAGGUUGAGGGUAAAUCAGUGCAGAAGAUCAAAGUAGAAGUCAAAGGGGAAAGUUUUAAGAUGACAGAGGAAAGGAAAGUGAUGUUUAAAUCCUACAACACAUUGACUUUUAUCCAGACUGAUAAACCCAUCUACAAUCCAGGCCAAACAGUGAAUUUCAGAAUUGUCUCUACGGAUUAUAAAUUAAUCCCAUUUAAACAAACGUACAGCACAGUGAGCCUUCAGGAUAAUUAUGGGAAUAGGAUUGGUCAGUGGACAAAUGUGUCCUCAGCAGGUCUAAUACUGCAGCUUUCUCAUGAGCUCAAUGCUGAAGCUCCACAGGGACAAUAUAAGUUAACUGCUGAGAUUGGAGACAGGUUGAUCAUACACCAAUUUAAAGUGGAAAAGUAUGUUUUACCCAAGUUCGAGGUUACAUUAAAAGCACCACAAGAACACAGUGUGGGUGAGGAGGAAGUGAAGCUAGAAAUAUGUGGAAAGUACAUUUAUGGACAGCCAGUACCUGGUCAAGCUGUGGUUAAAGUGUGUCGCAAAGUAUGGCGGAGCUAUAUUAUGGUCACGUGUCAGAGGGAAACGGUGAAAAUGAGUCAGACUGGCUGUGCAUUUCUUAUUUUCAAUAUGUCAAACUUCAUUAAUACUGACUUUGAAAAGAAGUCUGAGAAUAUUCUUGUUGCUACUGUUACACUCACAGAGGAAGGAACAGGUAUUUCUGUGGUGAAAUCUGAUAAGAUAAGAUUUUCUUUCCAAAUUGGUAAAGUGGAAAUCCUCGAUUCACCAAAAAACUUUGAGCGGGAAAAAGUUAUAGAAGGAAAGAUUAAAGUUACUACCUACAGUGGAACACCAAUUCCCAACAAGAAAGUGUAUCUUUCAGAACUUGAACGGUGGUCUCAAACACUUCUACUCAAUCUUACUACAGAUAGUAAUGGCUUGGCAAACUUCUCAGUCCCUUCACCUGAACAUCCUAAAACAGAGAUAACAUUAUGGGCAAGUGUCUAUCCAAAGAACACAUUUCAUGCAAACAAAACACCAUUCUUUUUAAAUGCUGCUGUACGUAUACAGCUGUUCCAACCUGCUACACCUUACAGUCCAGUGUUCAGUGAUCUCUCAAUAGAGCACUCAGAGGAACCAUUUAAAUGUGGUGCUGAAAUUCCCAUAAACAUUAACUACUAUAUUGUUGGGGAAACUACUGAAAGUUACAGUAUUGAUCUUAUAUACAUGGUCUUGUCUAAAGGAGCCAUAGUUCAUCAUGGACAUGAGUCAGUUGAACUUCAAGAGUCUGCAGAUCUCAGAAGAGGAAAAAUCACAGUCAAACUAUCUGUUGAUGCUGAGCUGUCUCCUUUAAUGCAGGUUGUUGUGUACUCUGUUCUGCCCAGUGAGAACAUCAUCGCUGCUAGCAGGGAAUUCCAUGUGGAGAACUGUUUCAUAAAUAAGGUUUCGCUACAGUUCUCUCCCUCCAAGGCAGUUCCAGGUGAGAAGAACACUCUCGAGCUCUCAGCUCUUCCUGGUUCCCUGUGUGGCCUCAGUGCAGUAGAUCAUAGUGUGUACAUCUUAGAGUCCAACAAACAGCUAAACAGUGACAAGAUAUUUAAUUUGUUGCAAGUGAAAUCAGAAUCAGAUUAUCCCUAUAGAGUUGAAGAUGAGCUGACAUGCUUGCAUGUUAGACCCCGGCGGGAUGAACAGGAUGACCAUGCUUACAAUAUAUUAAAGAAAGUGGGGCUGAAGAUGGCAACAAAUUUGGCUGUUAGACGACCUCGUUGUUUGGUGUACAGAGGCAUGCAUUAUCAUCAAUAUGGUGUGUCACUUGGCUUUAAACUUGUACUGUCAGAACACAAACUAUUAUUCCCAGAACCGGAAAUUCACAAAGAAUUCCCAGAACUGCAAAUUCGCAAAGAAUUCCCAGAAACUUGGAUAUGGAAGCUUGUUGAAGUGGGGGACUCUGGGUCAGUACAGCUUCCUGUCACUGUUCCUGACACUAUCACCACUUGGGAGACCGAUGCUUUCUGUGUGUCCUCUAAGGGUCUGGGUCUGGCUCCUCCUGUUCAGCUCACUGUGUUUCAGUCCUUCUUCCUUGAGCUCUCACUGCCCUACUCCAUUAUCCGGGGAGAGGUUUUUGAGCUGAAGGCCACUGUCUUCAGUUAUCUUUCCAAAUGCAUUAUGAUUAAAGUGACUCCAGCCCCUUCCUCAGAUUACAAACUGGAACCAUCUUCUGAUGGCGAGUAUUCAUCCUGCCUGUGUGCAUAUGAAAGAAAGACCUUCAAAUGGACUCUGAUUUCCUCUGUGCUUGGAGUCUUGAAUGUGACAGUGAGUGCAGAGGCAGAACAAUCCCAGACUGUGUGUGAUAAUGAGAUUGUGAAUGUUCCAGAGAGAGGCCGUAUUGACACAGUUACACGAAGCCUUAUUGUACAGGCUGAAGGGACUAAAAAGUCAAAGAGCCAAAGCUGGUUAAUAUGCCCACGAGGCAACAGUGUUUCCGAGGAAUUUGAGCUGACUCUUCCUGAGGAUUUAAUAGAGGGAUCAGCACGAGCUUCUGUUUCAGUGCUUGGGGACAUAAUUGGCCAUGCAUUAAACAAUCUGAAUGGACUUCUAAUGAUGCCACAUAGCUCUGGAGAACAAAACAUUGCUCUCCUGGCCUCCAAUAUCUACAUUCUUUGGUAUUUAGAGAACACUCAGCAGCUCACCACAGAUAUCUGUGACAAGGCUACAAGUUUCCUUAAGAGUGGAUACCAGAAGCAGCUAAACUAUAAGCAUUUUAAUGGUGCAUAUAGCACAUUUGGUUGGGGAGAGGAGAACACAUGGUUAACUGCUUUUGUCUUAAAGACUUUUGGCAAAGCACAACAUUACAUCUUCAUUGAUCCAGAAAGCAUUAACAGAACAAAGCAAUGGCUCAUAGGUAUGCAGAGAUCAAAUGGCUGUUUUAAACAACAGGGACUUCUGUUUGAUAAUAGAAUAAAGGGUGGUGUAAAUGACGAAGUGACCAUUACUGCCUACAUCACUGCAGCAUUCCUUGAAUUGGGCAUUACAGUGCAAGAUCCUGUGGUGAAUAAAGGGUUAUUCUGUCUCAAAUCUUCAACUGGUAACCUGACAAACACCUACACCACUGCAUUGUUGGCCUACACUUUCAGUCUGGCUGGAGAGAAGGAAAUUCGAGGACAACUACUUAAAGCGUUGGAUGAUGUUGCUAUUUUAGGAGAUGGACAGCUUUACUGGACUCAGUCAGCAUCAGAUGACUCCUGCGACUUGUCAGUAGAAAUCAGCUCCUACGUGCUGCUAGGUGUUCUUACUUCAGGUCAACUCACUGCUGCUAAUUUGGGCUAUGCUAAUAGGAUAGUCAGCUGGCUGGUAAAGCAGCAGGAUCACAGUGGAGGUUUUUCAUCCACCCAGGACACAGUUGUGGCCCUCCAAGCUCUAGCUCUGUACUCCACUAAAGUGUUCAGCUCAGAAGGCUCUAGCACGGUAACUGUAAAGUCAGCAGAUGGACACAGUCACAAGUUUGAUGUGAACCAGAACAACAAGUUACUGUACCAAAAAAGAUCAUUGCAAGAUGUUCCUGGCAAAUACAGAAUUAAUGUGAAGGGCUCCACCUGUGUGUCAGUGCAGGCUACACUUUUCUACAAUGUUCCCACACGUUCUGAAACCAGUACACUGAGCAUCACAGCUACAACCAAGGCAAACUGCAAAAACUCAUUUGGAGCUGAAAUUUUGUUCCUCCAUUUCACCAUCACAUAUAAUUUGAAACUACACAGCUCUACCAUGGUUAUAGUAGACAUGAAACUUUUAUCAGGGUUCAUAGCAGAUCCUGAUCAACUUUCUUUGCUGAAGAACUAUUCUUUGGUGAAACGAGUUGAUUCCACAGCUGACCAUAUUAUUAUGUAUAUUACAGAGCUCCAAAGGAAUACUCCUAUCAGCUAUCAGAUACAACUCAACCAGGUGUUUCCUGUCAAGAAUCUCAAGCCAGCAUUGAUCAAAGUUUAUAAUUACUACCAAACAAGUAAUGACUCUGAGACGGAGUACACCUCCCCCUGUAUGUAAGCAAGCUGAUCUGCAUUAAAGAUUAAAAAGAUUUCUGCAUGUCUUAAGGGUGCUGGUUAUUUGUCAGACCUAAGAAAUAAAUAUGGACUUCACAUACAU